AUGUCUAACUCGGAGGCUUUGACGGACGAGUACCUCGCUGAGCUUAUGGAUAAAGAGGCAAAGCGGAGCCUAAAGUAUUCAGGGAUGGGAUUCGAGGGCGAUCUUACUACCUCCAAACCUCCGUCAAAUAAACCGAAACCAAAUACCCGUUUCCUCACCAACAUCAUCAAGGACACCACGAAUCACAACCAAGCUCUCCUAGCCAAAGAAGCCGCCGAGUCCCGCGCUCGCCUCCAGAGUCUUGCGACUGCUGAACGCCGUGGAGAGAAGUCGAGAGUGGUUGGGGGAGGUGAUAUUAGGAAGAGGCAGUUGGGGGAUAUAGCAGCUAUUCUUGGAAACGGGGGAAGGAGGGCUAAGCGUCCGAGAUCAAGGGGUGGGGAGAAGGAAGGGACGGGUAGGAGCGAUGGUGCUGGUGGGGAUGAAGAGCCGAGUCCCAAGAAGAGUCGCCAAGGAAGCAGACGGUUUCGAGAUGAGGGCCGAGAAGAAGAUAUAGCGCCGAAGAGGAAUCGCAGAGAUGACUGCAGGCUUCAAGCCCAGAGCAUAGGGGACGAAAGUGAGAAGGACGCGGUAGAGAAGCGUCAUUCAAAGGAAUAUUGGAAACGAAGGCAUCCGAGUCAGGAAGAUAGAAGUGACGAAGAAGAUUCCAAGAGACGUUCAAAGAGCGAGAGAAGGGGACGGCAUAAGAGUCUAGAAGAGGACGAAGAACCAAAGAUCAGCGCCGAGGGGGCAUCGAAGAGAAAGCACCGUAGUCGAGACACUGAUAGCGAAGAAGAGGAGGAAUCUCGAAGUCACCGACACCGUCAUAGAAGACAUAGAAGCCGGAGUACUUCCAAGGACAGAGAGCAAAGAAGGCGACACAGAUCACGUUCACGCUCACCAAGAGAGCACCGAGACAAGGAAUCCCGACACGGGAACCGAUCAUCUCGAAAACGCUCACGAUCACCUCGGCGCCCCCAAAAAGAGUCACCCUUACCUACCAAGAGAAAAGAACAAACAGACUACGACUCUGACCCCCUCGAAUCAAUCAUUGGCCCAGCACCACCCCCACCAGUCCGCUCGCGCGGGCGUGGCACCUUCUCGCACCUGUCCGGCGGAAUCGACUCGCGCUUCUCAGCGGACUACGACCCGACGGCCGACGUCCACCUCGACGUCGAUGAAGAGAACGACUGGGACCAAGCCCUAGAAGCAUUACGCGAUCGCCAGAAGUGGAAGCAGCAAGGCGCUGAUCGGUUACGGGCGGCGGGCUUCACGGAAGACGAGAUUGGGAAGUGGGAGAAGGGGGGAGAGAAGAGGGAGGAGGAUGUUAGGUGGGCAAAGAAGGGGGAGGGGCGGGAGUGGGAUAGGGGGAAGAUUGUUGAUGAUGAGACGGGUGGAGUUAGUAUUGAGCCGAUGUUUGGGAGGUUGAAGGACAGUUAG